CCGUCACAGACUCACAGCCCAAACUUCGUGGAUUCUCACCUAAGGCACGAUCUCCUGGCUGAACCAUCUCCGUCAUUGCCAACGCUCAUCCUUCUUACUUCCCAAGCCAACCAUGUGCCACGGACACCCACACUACCAUUCUUGCGGUCACCAAUCUGUGACAUGGCACUACUGCCCGUCCGCCGUUAUAGACCUGACAACGGGCUAUGAGACACCUUGUCCCAACAUCACCUUUGCGGCGUCCCAGCCGUCGACGUCCAGCUGCCCCCUUGCCAACUGCGACUUUCGCAGUGCGGGAGACGGCGGGUGGACAUGUUGCAAAUGCGGAGGUCGCAAUAGCAGCGGCUGGUGCAGAAACAUGUCGCCCAACCCAAAGUGGGAGAGGAACGCAAUCACCAACGAGUGGGAAUGGAUUACAAGAUGCGACCAUGGGUGUUGUCGAAAUUGUGUCAAGGACGCUCCGACUAGCGCUAGCAAUUCCGGCCGCAAGAGAGGGAAGAAAGGGGUAUGACCCGUGGGUGCCGG